UUUCCAAAAAGAAACUUGAAGUUUUGAGAAGUGGAACUUUAUAUUUGAAGUUUCACUAUUCAAAACUUCAAAUUUAAAGUUUCAUAUUUUUGUUUGUAUUUUGGGUCUUACAAUAUCACGUUCAUGAUUCUUAAAUAUUUUCCGUUUAUCGUUUUAAUCCUUAAAAAUUUUAUAUAUCAUAAACAUUUCAACUUUUUUUAUAAAUUUAAGUUUUACACAUAAAAUUAAAUAAAAUUUAAAAAUAAAAUUUAAAUAUUUUUAAACUAGAUUUAGACUACAACAAUAUACAAAACAAACUUAACAAAACAAAGCUUUUUAAAACAAAAUAUGCAGACAUUACUAUUACACAAGUUUAAAUAUUACAUAAACACUAAUAAUCAACUAAAUUUGAUCUGAAACCUCCAAAAUCUCCAAAAUAUUGUUCAAACAAAUUUUGUAUAAACGAAGAUGGUUGUUGUGGUUGUUUUGAUGUUUUUCCGUUUGAUUCUUUCUUGUUCAGAUCGAUUGUAUUCAUGAGUAUUAAUAUCAUCAAAAGAAGUUAUUUUUUUCCUCUUUUACUUUCUUAUUCAGAUCUAAUAUGUACUUACAAGUAUUAAUAUCACCUGAUUUCAACAAUUUUUUAGUUCGUAAUCUACAAAUUAAAAAAAACGUCAUUUUUACUUCCAAAUGCACUAAUUGAUCAUAUAUCCAUUACGAGACAUGAUUUAUGGAAUAAUACGGUAUUUUGCUUGAAGCAUAAUAUUAAUUAUGUAUUUCUAUUUAAAAUCUUAUAUAUUUUUUUAACACAAUUUUAAAUCUUAUAUUUAAAUGUAACAUUUUAUUAAUUAAUAUGGUUGUAAUAUUUUCUAUAUGUGCUAUUUUUUACAAAUUUUUUUAUGAAUUUAAAUGAAUUAUGAAAAAUAUAAGGAUCAUAAUAUAAAAUAUAAAUAGUUUUAAAGUUUUACUUAUAGAGAAAAACACAUUUAAACUUCAAAUAUAGUUCAAAUAUAGAAUUUUAGAAACUUCGAAACAGAGUGUCUUUUGAAGAUAUCUAAGUUGUAUUGCUUAGCCAUCACGUUUAUAUGUAUACUUAACAUCAACGCCGAGUGUCUGUCGGAAAAUUUCCCAGCGAGAUGUAUACUUAACAUCAACGCCGGAAGUCGUACUCGUGAAAGACUGGUCUCGUCUACUUUGCUUCACUAUUCUAGCUAGUGAACACCAAAGCGUUAACAAAAACUACCAGUGAGUAAAACUCUCACAACAUUAUUAACAACCAGCACUGAAUAUGACAUGUACCAUUCAUAAAGUGUAGAUAGUGUAAAAUCAACGAAUCAAAAGCAGCUGCGUGUUGUGUUCGUAGCACCAUUAGUUUCAGACCAGUCAUAUUAAAUUCAUUUACCAAAAUCAUGCAUGACCAUAAUGUUACUAUAUCAAACCAUAACAUACUUUAUUGUAUAUCAAUAGCUACCACAUAUAUGCAAAUCCUUUCACAUGAAAACGUUAUAAAAUGAGUGGCUCCACAAUGAUUAUGUAUAAGACAUUGAUAUGAUCACCAACCUAUUAUGCUUGCUCAUAGCCUUCCCCCAUUAAUAUGAUUUUGUAAAAGCUUUAACUCUUAGUUGUCAAAAACAGGUAGAAGGAUCGCUUUAUAGGUGAGAUUAGAGUUCCUUAUUAACACUAUACAUUAAAUAAGUGAGAGAGAUGGCUCUUUUGUGUAAUCUCGAUUGUACCCUUCAUCUUUGCUUUCCCCACAAGAAACACACAACUUUAAAACCCUCUCUGCUCAUCUAUUCGCUCUUCAGUGGUGCUUCUCUCUUUGGUCUCUGUUCUCAGUGACAAUGGAUAGCACAGAACCUUCCUCUAAUGGAAGCAUCCAUACUGAGACGGACUCAAAGAAAAAAGACUCCGUUUCAUUGAUGGGUUUGUUUGGAGCAGCAGAUAAACUUGAUUGCUUUCUGAUGAUUCUAGGCGGUUUAGGAGCGUGUACUCUUGGCGCUACGCUUCCUCUCUUCUUUGUCUUCUUCGGGAAAAUGCUAGACUCUCUUGGAAAUCUUUCUACAGAUCCUAAAUCCCUAUCUUCCCGCGUUUCAAAGAAUGCUCUAGACUUGGUGUACUUAGGACUGGUCACUUUUCUAUCAGCCUGGAUUGGAGUUGCAUGUUGGACGCAAACAGGAGAAAGACAAACAGCUAGAUUGCGCAUAAAAUAUCUCAAAGCAAUCUUAGCAAAAGACAUUACUUUCUUUGAUACAGAAGCUAGAGAUUCAAAUCUCAUUUUCCACAUCUCAAGUGAUGCUAUAUUGGUUCAAGAUGCAAUUGGUGAUAAGACAGGCCAUGUAUUGCGGUAUCUAUCUCAGUUCGUAGCCGGAUUCGUGGUAGGGUUUUUGUCGGUAUGGCAACUAACGCUGCUCACGUUAGCAGUGGUUCCAUUGAUAGCAAUUGCAGGUGGAGGGUACGCUAUAAUCAUGUCUACCAUCUCAGAAAAGAGCGAAGCUGCUUAUGCUGAUGCAGGCAAAGUAGCUGAAGAGGUUAUUUCACAGGUGAGAACAGUGUAUGCAUUUGUAGGAGAAGAGAAAGCUGUAAACUCUUACUCAAACUCUCUCAAGAAAGCUCUGAAACUCUGUAAAAGAAGCGGUCUUGCUAAAGGCUUAGGAGUUGGAUUAACAUAUAGCCUAUUAUUUUGUGCUUGGGCUUUGCUUUUGUGGUACGCUAGUCUUCUUGUUCGCCACGGCAAAACCAACGGCGCAAAAGCCUUCACAACGAUCCUCAAUGUCAUUUUUAGCGGAUUUGCCUUAGGUCAAGCCGCGCCAAGCAUAUCAGCUAUCUCCAAAGGCAGAGUUGCUGCUGCAAAUAUAUUCAGAAUGAUAGGAAACAAGACUCUUGAAGGUUCUGAAAGAUUAGACAACGGAACAACUUUGCAAAAUGUAGCUGGGAAGAUUGAGUUUCAUCAAGUGUCUUUCGCUUAUCCUUCAAGACCAAACAUGGUGUUUGAGAAUCUUAGUUUCACUAUACCUUCAGGCAAGACUUUUGCAUUUGUCGGUCCAAGUGGUUCAGGGAAAAGCACAAUCAUAUCAAUGGUACAACGUUUCUAUGAACCUAACUCAGGGGAGAUUCUCUUGGAUGGAAAGGACAUCAAGAGCUUGAAGCUGGACUGGUUGAGGGAGCAGAUGGGCUUAGUGAGCCAAGAACCGGCCUUAUUCGCCACAACUAUAGCUUCCAACAUUCUUCUUGGUAAAGAAAAUGCUAAUAUGGAUCAGAUCAUUGAAGCUUCUAAAGCAGCCAACGCAGAUUCUUUCAUUAAAUCAUUACCUAAUGGUUACAAUACUCAGGUUGGGGAAGGAGGAACUCAGCUCUCAGGAGGACAGAAGCAGAGGAUUGCUAUUGCUCGAGCGGUUCUAAGGAAUCCAAAGAUACUACUAUUAGAUGAAGCAACAAGCGCACUUGAUGCUGAGUCAGAGAAGAUUGUGCAGCAAGCACUUGACAAUGUUAUGGAGAAAAGAACAACACUAGUAGUUGCUCAUAGAUUGUCCACCAUCCGUAAUGUGGACAAGAUUGUUGUAUUGAGAAAUGGUCAGGUUGUGGAAACUGGCAGCCACUCAGAACUGCUUUCAAGAGGAGGAGAUUACGCGGCUCUUGUGAAUGUCCAAGAGACAGAGCCUCAAGAAAACCCUAGAUCAAUUAUGUCGGAAACCGGUAAGUCUCAAGCUGGUUCUUCUAGUUCAAGAAGAGUUUCUAGCUCAAGAAGGACCUCAAGCUUCAGGGAAGUCCAAGAGAAAACUGAUAAAGAUUCUAAUGGAGAAGAUUUAAGCUCGUCUUCAACGAUAUGGGAACUAAUAAAGCUGAAUGCUCCAGAGUGGCCAUAUGCGUUACUUGGCUCAAUUGGUGCAGUUCUUGCUGGAGCACAAACUCCAUUGUUCUCCAUGGGGAUUGCUUAUGUCUUAACCGCGUUUUAUUCGCCUUCACCUAGUGUGAUCAAGCGUGACGUUGAUAAGGUAGCUAUUGUCUUUGUUGGGAUUGCAGUUGUAACAGCUCCUAUCUAUCUCCUUCAGCAUUACUUCUACACACUUAUGGGAGAGCGUCUUACCUCCAGGGUUCGCUUAUCCUUGUUCUCAGCGAUUCUUUCAAAUGAGAUUGGAUGGUUUGAUUUAGAUGAGAACAACACUGGCUCGCUCACUUCAAUCUUGGCUGCUGAUGCUACUUUGGUGAGGAGUGCUCUAGCUGAUCGCCUCUCGACAAUAGUUCAAAACCUCUCUCUUACAGUGACAGCAUUAGCAAUAGCCUUUUACUACAGCUGGCGUGUAGCAGCUGUAGUAACUUCUUGUUUCCCUCUUCUCAUUGCUGCUGCACUUACCGAGCAACUGUUUCUAAAAGGCUUUGGAGGAGAUUACACAAGGGCUUACUCUAGAGCAACUUCAGUGGCGCGUGAAGCUAUUGAGAAUAUAAGAACUGUGGCUUCGUUUGGUGCUGAGAAGCAGAUCUCGGAACAGUUUGCUUGUGAGCUAAGCAAACCCACCAAGAGUGCCUUUCUCAGAGGCCAUAUCUCUGGAAUUGGAUAUGGUUUUUCUCAGUUUCUUGCCUUCUGUUCAUACGCUCUUGGUCUCUGGUACGUCUCGGUUUUGAUUAAGCACAAGGAGACUAAUUUUUCGGAUAGUAUCAAAGCUUUCAUGGUAUUGAUCGUCACGGCUUUCUCAGUAGCGGAAACCCUUGCUUUGACACCAGAUAUCGUGAAGGGCACGCAAGCACUCGGCUCGGUUUUUAGGGUUUUGCAUAGAGAGACUGAGAUACCUCCAGAUCAGCCUAACUCAAGAUUGGUCACUCAGAUCAAAGGAGAUAUUGAGUUUAGAAACGUGAGCUUUGCGUAUCCCACAAGACAUGAUGUCCCCAUUUUUCAAAACCUAAACCUAAGAGUCUCAGCCCGGAAAAGUCUUGCGGUCGUGGGACCAAGCGGUUCGGGCAAGAGCACGGUGAUCGGUCUGAUUAUGAGAUUCUACGAUGCGGACAAGGGCAAUCUCUGCAUCGAUGGGAAAGACAUAAAAACCCUAAACCUACGUAGCUUGCGGAAGAAGCUAGCGUUAGUCCAGCAAGAACCAGCUCUGUUUUCAACAACCAUUUACGAGAACAUCAAGUACGGGACCGAGAACGCGUCGGAGGCAGAGAUAAUCGAAGCCGCGAAAGCUGCGAACGCGCACGAGUUCAUAAGCAGGAUGGAAGAAGGGUACAAGACGCACGUGGGUGAAAAGGGAGUGCAGUUAUCAGGUGGUCAGAAACAGAGAGUGGCUAUCGCUAGGGCUGUUUUAAAGAAUCCUUCAGUGCUUCUCCUUGAUGAGGCAACGAGUGCUUUGGACACGACCUCGGAGAAACUGGUCCAAGAGGCGCUUGACAAGCUUAUGAAGGGACGAACCACGGUUCUGGUGGCUCAUAGGCUCUCGACAAUAAGAAAAGCAGACACGAUCGCUGUUUUGCACAAGGGAAAAGUCGUGGAGAAGGGAAGUCAUAGAGAGCUUGUUUCCAUAUCUAAUGGACAUUAUAAGCAAUUGACAAGUCUUCAAGAAGUGGUAUGACUUACGACCGUUGAAGUUUCUUCUGCCAUUUUUAUUUUGAUAAGUAUAUAUAUAUACACAAACACACACCACAUUAUAUGAUUGGUUAUACAACUGUGUCAAGAAAUAUCAAAACUCACAAAUUUUUGUUAAACAUUUAAGGGAAAAAAAAACACAGGAUGUAAUGUAUUGGCUGCUCUUCAAAAUGAAUGGGUUUGCUUGAUAUUUUCUAGUGACAAUCUUAUUUUAUUUGGCA